UUUCUUUUUUAGUGUUGCAUCAUCUCGGUAAAACUUCGGGCUACGGCGGUAAUUAAAUUUACCUCCAACAAGGCGACAGAGGGAGUACCGUGGAGGCUUUUCCCCACCGGAUAGUUUGUACAUUUGUGGUGAAUUUCUAAAUAAAACCCAAAAAAAAGCCCAGGUCAGUGAUCAAAUCGUGUGUAGGCAGAUAAGUCUGAUAAGUCAGAUAAGUUUUCGAAUUUGUCAUUUUACAUACAGAAAUUUCUAAGUGUCUGGUGUGAGCUGGCUCUGAGAGUGAUCCACUCAUGGAUUAAAUUCGACGAUUCCGGCUCGGGUCGAUCUCACCAGGUGCAUUGGCGUUCACAAUUCUUGGAAAUUUUCCGUUGCGCCAAACCCCUCGAGAUGGCACUAGUGUUAACGUGAAAUUCACACUUUUGUAUUAAUUCAAACACAAUAGAUCACUUGGAAGGCCUAUUCUAACCGGUUUUGGGCCUAAAUUUUUAACACUCAAGGUAAGUCUAUCUAUUUCACUUCAGUUUUGUUAUUGUUUUUACGUGGAGUUAUCGUUAUUAUUUCCAUAUGACUCCCAUACGCCGCCAUUGUGUUAACGCUAUGACUAUGUAGGAGAUCGUUAGGUGACAAAAAAUUAUCAAUAUGACAUACAACGCUCAAUAUGAAGGGUUUUAUUUCCCGUUAUUGGAACUGUCCAAACUGCAAGUCAUGUGACUCAAGUUAAAAUACAAUUUAGCCACGGACAAAAUAUGUCGCAGUAAAAAAUUAUAGUUCCGUUUUCAAACCAUAGUUUAACAUUCUGACUGUCAAACUGUAGUUAAACAUUCUACCUUUCCGUGUAGUUAUCAGUCGACCUUUAAAGAAAAAUAGUAAACUAUAAAAAUCAUGCUUUGGUGAUUGGUUUAGUUUAGAUCAACGUCUCAUAUAUAUAAAAAUACCUGCUGGUUUUCAUGAAAUGGCUUUCAAUUAUCUAGAAAAAGACAAAUUAUGGGUUUCAAUACUGGAAACACAUUCUUUACAGCAGUACAAGUCAAUAUUUACAUUAAGUUAUGUUCAAUCACGUCAUCUAGACCCUACUACCCUCUCCUCCCCCCAACUCUAUCUCUGCGGCCUGGCAUCAUCAUUUCACGAUGCCAUGUAUCUAGCGACAUUGAGACUAGUCCGUGAUAAGGUCAAUACGCUACACCAUUGACAGCUCGCUCCCGUUGAUGUAAUUGAACGUGUGCACCCAAGCGACCCGGUGCGGUGUGAAAUGUGUAGCGUUUCUUGUCACGACAUCAUGGUUUAGUUAAAGGUUAAAACAAUCAAAGCGCUCCGGCUUACCUGCCUGCACAAUGGGCUGGUUUGUGGUGUUGUUGUUGGUGUUGGUGUUGUUGGGUGGGGGUGGGGUGGGAUGCAGUUGCUUUCGUUUUAUACUGAGUUACCCAUUAACUGUCAAGCUGAAACUAUAUGCCCCCCCGGGGUGGAGGAACAUAUGCGUAAGUGACUCUACGGCGCGUAGACUGCAAAUAAAUUCUUGCGGGAAUCAAUUACAAAAAACAAAACAACAGCAUGACAAAACAAAAGAAAGGAGCCGUUGAAUAGAAGCAUCAUCCUGCAGCAGUCUGUCAUUGCAUCCAACGUAUGCUCAGUGUUGGAGGAUAACUUAAUGAUGUGUCAUUUAUGUCCCGAAGUGAACCGGUGUCCGGGCAAUAGUAAAAAAAUUCAUGCUGAUUGAUUCUUUUUGUUUCAAAAGAAAGAUUUAAAUGAUUGAUUCUUUUUGUUUCAAAAGAAAGAUUUAAAUGAUUGAUUCUUUUUGUUUCAAAAGAAAGAUUUAAAUGAUUGAUUCUUUUUGUUUCAAAAGAAAGAUAUAAUGAUUGAUUCUUUUUGUUUCAAAAGAAAGAUUUAAAUGAUUGAUCAUUUUUGUUUCAAAAGAAAGAUUUAAAUGAUUGAUCAUUUUUGUUUCAAAAGAAAGAUUUAAAUGAUUGAUCAUUUUUGUUUCAAAAGAAAGAUUUAAAUGACCACAACAUAGGCCCAUAAGAGAACUGCAUUAUCAGACUCAAAUUUCUUACCAUAAGUCUUAUUAGAAGAUUGGAAGGGGUUUUUAGAUGGAAAAAUAUUGGAACUUUUGAAAGAUUACCUUUGAAGGAUAGUGUGUAUAGACAAACACAAUGAUACACAUUUCCGCUCGACUACACACCAGUGAGUUAUUUCCCAGAACAUAUUAAAAUAAGAUCAAGUGGUGGAAAUACUACAAUAUGUUUUACGAGUUCAGACCACGACCUUAUUGAAAAUAUGACAACAAAACCCGACCUGUGUGCUGAUGCCGGUGGUAGGAGGAUAAGUAUUAGAUCUAUUUUUUAUUAUUUAUUAUUUUUAUUUCAUUUUAUUUUUUUGGUGGGAGGGUCUAAAUAAAUAGCAGCCGAUCAAUCGUGUGGCGUGAUCGAGUGAGAGUCGAACUUAUUUGAUUCUUUCCUUGCUGAGUACAUUUACGGGAAAUCCCAAAUCAUCUUGACAGGGAGUCAGUGAGUUUUUAGUGGACAUAUUUUCAAUCAAUCAUUUCAAACAUUCAAUGACAACAACAACAACAACAAAAGAAGAAGAAAAAAAGAAAGAAAAAAUGGUCACACUUAUAUUGUGUUGUCAGGAAUAAUAAUUUUCUUUUUUUAACCGAAAACUGCCUAAGGUUACACAAUGUCCAAAUUCUAUAAUUUGUGAUCAACUGGUCAGUGGCCCCACGGCCGUUCCAAGACACACUAUGACUGAGGACCUUUGUAUUGCAAACAAUCUUGUUACUGACCCCCGUACAGAAACACUUCAAUAAAUCUACUGUCGACAAGAUAGCAAUGUUCAAAUUAUUAUUCUUCGGAAACCGAUAAUAGACACACAUACACACACACACACACACAUAUCAAAAUAAAACUAUUGCUUGAAUAGGACUUUGUUGAUGUAUUCAUUCCAUUAGUUGAGAUGUUUAUGGGAACUUAUUUUUAACAAAUGCGAAAUAAACAAUUAGCUUUCUUUAAAACAACAUAUACAAACAUAUAUAUAAAAUAAUAAAAUAAAAUCUAAAGUUCAUAAAUAGCUAUUGAAAAAUUACAAACAUAUAUUGUUGAAAAUUCGCAAUGAAAAGGGGCACUUGUUUGCUUAAAAAAAUUAAAUAUUUCUCUUAAAACUGUAAUGAAAAACCAGCUAAACAACAAAGAGCCGCUUUAAAACUCUCGUUUUUUUGUGUGUUCCGGGUUUGCCAUAAGAAUUUACUACUGAGUAUUGAAUUUCCACAUAAACACAUUUAGUGUCAACUUACACACACAUCCGACAUACACAUAGGAAACUUAUUUAACUCACACAUCCAACAUCCAACAACCAACAUAUACUACGCAUUCAAACUAUGCACCCGAAACACACACAGUGAGUUGACACAGGACACACACAUACAGCACAGACAUCAAAACACAUGGACCCGUCGAACACCCAAACCCGACACACGCCGAACACCCAAACCCGACACACGUCGAACACCCAAACCCGACACACGCCGAACACCCAAACCCGACACACACCGAACAUCGCCAACAGUGAAUUCCGUACCUGAUUUGUCAUGUUGAAUUUACUCUCAACUGCCCUUGUGUUUAGAAUGAAUGUUUUAGCCCGAUUCACCCGACAUGAGACAAUGACGAAUCGGAUAUUUAGACAUUUUAAACGCGCCCCCAUUCGCUAUCAGAUGGGGCAUCAGUCCCAACAUCCCACAACCAUUGAUCCCAACAUCCCACAACCAUUGAUCCCAACAUCCCACAACCAUUGAUACCAAACAUCGCUGAUAAUUGCCUGUUUCCUCAUUACCAUUCUCAUCCCGUCAAUCGUGGUGACUGUCGGGUCGGGUUAAGAUGGUGUUAGGUUGACACCUCACACCACACAAAUCUGUCAUGGUCCCCCUCACACCACACAAAUCUGUCAUGGCCUCCCUGUAAGUUCGUUCAGUUUGGCCAUAACGAUUUCCUUACACACAAGUCCCUAGUCUUAAGAAUUGCAUUUUUUUCCUGAUUGGGAAACGGUCGUGUUGAUCCGGCUUGUAAGUACAUUGAGAUUUCUGGAGUGGAUGGAAUAGUUUAGAAAUAGAGAGAGAAGAUUUUAGAGUUGUGUAGUAGUGUGGGGGGAGAUUAUCCGGCGAUUAACAUGGCGCAGCAGAUGCUGAAAGUUACGCGCGAGUUUAAAGAGUUGAGCAAAGAGUGAGCACAACAAAUGACGGAAUUUGACACAAAGAUGUCGGUCAGUAGACUCGGGGCAUUGGAGACGACGACCAGUGAAGCUCAUAGUUUGAAAUGAAAAGCCUCUGCCAGAGAGUGAAUAGUUGAAGGACAAGAGGUUAGACGUUACGUUACAUGCAUACUUUGAUUACAGCUUAUAUAGCGGCGACAACGUGUUAUAUUUAUUUAUUUAUUUGGUGUGUGUGUGUGGGGGGAGGGGGACUGGAGAGAGACAUUCGGAUAUAAAUAAAUGAGAGAGAGAGAGAGGGGGGUGGGGAUAGAAAGAGUAACUAUUGAAACGUAAAUAAUCUUUUCAGUGUUUGGGAGAGUUAGACUGAUAUAAAGAGAUAAAGACACAAAACUGUCAGUGGAGAUAUAAAUAUGGUUUAUUUAUGUCAAAAUAAAAUCAAUUAUUGUGUGUGUGUGUGAUAGCCUUCUGCCUACUUUGUUCUCUUAGAUGUAAUAUUACAUUUGCAAAGCUUAUUUAUAAUUAAAUGUUGAUCUGCUAGAGAGAAGGCUUUAAGCCGACACGUUGCUUAACUUCAUUUCGUCGUAAACAAAUACUGUCGCUACCUGUUGACACAUUUAGAUGAUAACUGCAUCUAGAUUAUAGAUUGAAUUAAAAUAUUUCGCCCCGUCCAUUGAUAUGAUCAGGGCCACGACUCGAUGAGACUCUGAGCUUUAGAAAGCUUGCUGGUCACUUCUUUAGAAUAGUGGGCAGAGGUUAUCCUAAAACUUUGACAUACUUAAAAAGCCAAUAGUGUAAUGGGAAAAUAACCAUUUUAAACCAAAAUUCGAUAUCUAAUAUUUUAUCAUUCAGUUGUUCGCGGACACUGGUUUAGCUUAGAACUGAAUCCAGGACUGGAUAUAGGGUGCACACUAUUUCAUGGGAUUUAUGAACUAUUAAAAAAAUAAUAAUAAUAAAAAAUAACACCAGUUUAAAAUCCAUAUCUAUGUGUUUGUUUGAUAUUUUCAUCAAGUUUUCUUUGAUUAGAAGAAGAUAGCAUUGGUGAUCUGAUCGAAUGCCAUUGUCAGACGACUAUUAAUUCAAAAGAUGUGCUACAGUACACAGGAAAUGAAAACUAAUUUCAAUGACUAUAUUAACAUUUAAUAGAACUGAAAUUAUUGCACAUUUAUUUUCUAAAAAAAAAAAAAAGAGAACAAAAAGAAAGGCUACCACUUUGGAUAUUAGAAGAACAACAGUUGUGUGACUAGCCAGGGGUAUAGCGUCAUUAGAACUAUAUUAACAAUUAAUAGAAAUGAAAUUAUUGCACAUUUAUUUUCUAAAAAAAAAAAAGAGAGAACAAAAAGAAAGGCUACCACUUUGGAUAUUAGAAGAACAACAGUUGUGUGACUAGCCAGGGGUAUAGCGUCAUUAGAAGAACAACAGUUGUGUGACUAGCCAGGGGUAUAGUGUCAUUAGAAGAACAACAGUUGUGUGACUAGCCAGGGGUAUAGUAUCAUUAGAUGAACUAUAGUUGUGUGACUAGCCAGGGGUAAGGUGUCAUUAGAAGAACUAUAGUUGUGUGAAUAACCAGGGGUUUAUUGUCAUUGUCAUUAGAACUAUAGAUGUGUGACUAGCCAGGGGUAUAGUGUCAUUAGAAGAACUAUAGUUGUGUUACUAGCCAGGGGUAUGGUGUCAUUAGAAGAACUAUAGAUGUAUUACUAGCCAGGGGUAUGGUGUCAUUAGAAGAACAACAGUUGUAUUACUAGCCAGGGGUGUGGUGUCAUUAGAAGAACUAUAUAUGUGUGCCUAGCCAGGAGUAUAGUGUCAUUAGAAGAACUAUAGUUGUAUGACUAUACAGGGGUAUGGUGUCAUUAGAAGAACUAAAGUUGUGUGACUAGCCAGGGGUAUAGUGUCAUUAGAAGAACUAUAGUUGUGUGACUAGCCAGAGGUAUGGUGUCAUUAGAAAAACAGUUGUGUGACUAGCCAGGGGUAUAGUGUCAUUAGAAGAACUAUAGAUGUGUGACUAGCUAGGGGUAUAGUGUCAUUAGAAGAACUAUAGAUGUGUGACUAGCCAGAGGUAUGGUGUCAUUAGAAAAACAGUUGUGUGACUAGCCAGGGGUGUGGUGUCAUUAGAAGAACUAUAUAUGUGUGCCUAGUCAGGAGUAUAGUGUCAUUAGAAGAACUAUAGUUGUAUGACUAUACAGGGGUAUGGUGUCAUUAGAAGAACUAUAGAUGUGUGACUAGCUAGGGGUAUAGUGUCAGAAGAAUUACAGAUGUGUGACUAGCCAGGAGUAUAGUGUUUUGUCGGCGUCCAAGUGUCUACUUCAUAUCAAUAUAAUGGACUGUAGUGAGAUACUAGCAGACCCGAGUGCCAAGUUAUAUAUACCACAGGUUCCAAACGUCUUUGGAGUCUUGACCCGAUUCUGUUGAAGCACAGUGACCCGUAGCAUCAAUACAAGGUGGGUGGGGGGGGGGAUAAGAUAUGAUAAGGACAAAAAAAUCAACGAAAUCAGAUGCAGUGUGAAAUUCUUGAACCCUUAUAUUAAGACACCGACUUAACUUACAGAAUGACAUUACAAUCAUUAUUAUUUAGUUUAAAUGAUUUAGACGGCGACCCCAGACCAAUUGGUAUUUGAUUCCAUCGUGUUUGUAUUACAACGCAUUUGCCCUUUAUGAAAACUGUGCGUUAUUAAAUGUGUGGGGGACAAGUGUGUGCAUGAGCUGACACAAAUAGACAACUCGAAAUGACACGGUGCUAACAAAAAAAAGUGUGACUUAAUUGUGGUCGUGGCGAUGGACCAAGAAUUCGGCCAAUGUUCGGCAUGAUGACGUUGUCCUACAAAAGUCAUGUGGUGACGUAACGCACCUAUGGUCAGUCUAACGUCGGGUCACGAUCCCUGAACAUCUCGUUUGAAGUCAAGUUGAACAUUGUCUAGUUCUCUUUAACGCCGUCAGCUCUAGGGUGAAGGGCACUCGGAUGGCUCAAGAACCCCAUUGUUGAUAAGACAAAUACCGGUACGACAUGGUCUGGUUUGAUAUCAAGACAUUCGUCGCAUCAAACUACCGCGGCCUUGUGGAGAGAGCCACUGACACAUAUGGAGAGAGCCACUGGCACUUAUGGAGAGAGCCACUGACACAUAUGGAGAGAGCCACUGACACAUACGGAGAGAGCCACUGACACACAUGGAGAGAACCACUGAUACAUGCCUUCCGUGGCCAAUAUAAAAAUAGCUACAAUAUAACAAUAGCUAUAAGUCAAAACUUUAUACUUGAUUAUACUUGAUUACUCAACAGUUUAAUCAUAAUAAAUAUCUUUAUAUAGAAACAAUAAUGGUUAUAUUUACAUGAGUUAGAUUUACCGAAACUCUUUUACAAAGGGAUUUUCUUGAAUUCAACUUUUUAUUUAUUAUUUAUUUUUUUGUUUACAAAUAAUAUUUGUGUAUUCUAAUGUAGUUUAAAAACAAAAAACAACAUAUUACACCAAUUAUCACUAUCAAAGUACCGGUUUACUUCACCGACACUCCGGGAAAGUUCAAUUGUAGGCAUACAUUUAGUAACUACAAUUCCGAAAACCCGACUGCUUGAAGUUGAAACCAAUAUUCUUUCUUUGAUCAUUUUAUUUUUUUUUUCAAUGUGAUGCCAAGCUUCAAUUGUUUACUUUUUAAAAAUAUCCAUUCAAUCACAAUUUCCACCUGAUUUCUCUCACCGCUGCUAAAAAAUAAAAAAAAAUAUAUAUUAAAAAAAAUAAACAUAUAUGAUGACUACUUGUCAACGAGAAUUACAAUACGGCAGCUCAGGGCAACUCAAAUUACUGACAUGGCCAUGUUAUGGUUUUCAUGAUAUCAAAUCUUGUAAAAAAAACAACAAAAAAAACCGAAAGUUAUUAUAUUUUGUUAUUCCGAUAAUCUUCUGUGUCUCCUGCACACUCUUUGUCAUUCUUAAUAUGAGUCAAUUCUUAAACAGUUCAACGAAAUCUGCACCCUUGCCACCUUUGACACGCCUUAAACAAAAUGACGCUAAUUACCGCAAAGUGCCGUAAAUCGCCGUGUGUGGCCGAGAGUUAGAAACCCAUUUGAGAGUGUUGAAUAACGGAGAGAAGGGAGACAUAAUAAAUUAUUCUAAAUCGCUGGAUUUCCUUUGACUAUUAUCUCACCGUUUCUUGAAUUCAACCCCUUGUCAUAAACGUUCUCGGAAUUGACUUUUCAGACACUUCCGGUUCAAGGGUUAUUUAAAAAGUAGGACGUGUUUGCACGAACCAGAGAGGGGACAACUCCCCUUUUUAAUGUUAACAUGUAGUUUUGUGUGAUUUAAAAAACAAAAAACCAAAACCAAAUAGGAAGAGAAUAAUUGCAGCAACUGAGUGAUUGUGCAUUUUGUGCGGGGUGGAUAUUAAAUGGGAUUGCCGAAUAAAACCAACGAAGGCGAGCCACCUAGCCCUUCACAUUUACUAGGGGUGAUCAAUCGGGAACGUUCCAUGUGCCAGGAAGUGUGGGGCGUUAAGUAUCGACAUGGGAUCAUUUUAUUGACUGUACAUUUUAACGCCCCUCCCCAACCCCCCAACCCCACCCCUGCACACCCUUUCAGAUCCCCGAAAAUUAUAAAAAAAUGCCUGGGAGUACUCUAAAUGUCUUCAGAGAAUGGAUGCAAGGGAUUUUUUUUAGGGAUGUGGAAACAUACAUGACCCUAGAAGAUGGCUGUUGAUGUGGGGAUCAUUAUUUGGCGAUCGUGUGACUUCAUUUUAAAUUUUUAAACAAGAGGCCCGUCGGUACAAUUAUUUAUAAUUGCAUUGAACGGUCAGUCGGUACAACUAUUUAUCUUUGCAUUGAACGGUCAGUCGGUCCAAGUAUUGAUCAUUAAAUUGUACGUCCAAUCAGUAAAAAGUAUUUAUCAUUGUAUUGUAUGGCCAGUCGGUACAAGUGUCGGUACACGUAUUUAUCAUUGCAUUGUACGGCCAUUUGGUACAAGUAUUUAUCAUUAUAUUGUACGGCCAGUCGGUACAAGUAUUUAUCAUUACAUUAUACGACCAGUCGGUACAUGUAUUUAUCAUUAUAUUAUACGGCCAUUUGGUACAAGUAUGUAUCAUUAUAUUAUACGGCCAUUUGGUACAAGUAUGUAUCAUUAUAUUAUACGGCCAGUCGGUACAAGUAUUUAUCAUUACAUUAUACGGCCAGUCGAUACAUGUAUUUAUCAUUAUGUUAUACGGCCAGUCGGUACAUGUAUUUAUCAUUAUAUUAUACGGCCAGUCGGUUCAUGUCUUUAUGAUUGUAUUGUACGGCCGUGAUGAGUGGUGUGUAUUGUGUUAACAUGUGAAUGCUAAUUGAAUGCUAUCCCCAUAAGAUGUUUACUGAGGCUGGACGCAAACGCUUCAUGAAAGCUCCGACAGACACAAGACAAAUCAUUAUAAACUUUAGACUUCCGGGGAUUUUGGUUGGUUUGUCAUUUUAAAAGGUCCAAAUGUUCUAGCUUGAGGUUUCUUCCGGUGUCCUUGACCUUUGAUGGGUUGACCCGUGCUAUCUACAUCUCAAACAUAACCCCCGAGAGUCGGUUAGAGUGGGCCCCCAAGACGUUAUAAAAACUUACAUCCAGUGCCUGCCAAAUGUAAUACACGUUAUUUAUGACGAAGUACUACACACUUAACUCGUAGGUGCGCACUAGCCUCUAGGCACGGCCCAUCCUUUGUGUAGAAUGUGUGCUCAAGCCUAUUUGUGUAAGGCGAGUGUCCCGUCCAAUGUGUAGUAGGUGUGCUUUAGCCUCUCUGUGUAUGGCGUGUGGUACAUCCUCUGUGUAGUAGGUGUGCUCUAGCCUCUGUGUGUAUGGCGUGUGGUACAUCCUCUGUGUAGUAGGUGUGCUCUAGCCUCUGUGUGUAGGGCGUGUGGUACAUCCUCUGUGUAGUAGGUGUGCUCUACCCUCUGUGUGUAGGGCGUGUGGUACAUCCUCUGUGUAGUAGGUGUGCUCUAGCCUCUGUGUGUAGGGCGUGUGGUACAUCCUCUGUGUAGUAGGUGUGCUCUAGCCUCUCUGUGUGUAGGGCGUGUACCUUUGCGUAGGUUUGACGUCACAUCGGUAGUUCUUUUGUGAGGAUUGUAUUGACAUAGUAAAUAAAAUAACACACACUUAACACACAGUAUCUAAUUUUUACAAUAUCAUAAAAGUAUUUCUGAGGGAAAAACAAACACUUCGUCACAUUUAAUUUAACAUUAAAUAAUAAUUCCAGUAUUUUAAUUUGGUUAGGCUCUGGAAAACUCAUUUUUAAAAAAAAAAUUGUGAUGAAAAUAAUGCAGUUAUAAAAAAAACGAAAAAACAAAACAUGUUGAUUUUGGCGUGGAAUUAGCCAUGGUAAAUAAUCUACAUUGCUAGUUUAUUAAAAAUAAAAAAAAAUAAAAAAAUUCAUAGCUCUAGAAUUCUAUGUUAUUAUCAAUGGCUCCCUAUUGCAAAUGCGAUCUCUGUAAUUUUAUCCAUUUAUAAAUACAAAAGGUCCAUCCAAAUAUCCAGAUCCACCAGUGACGUAAAAAAACAACAACACCAACAAAACAAUGUGUAGUGCAGUCACAGAAAACCAACGUCUCGUUUCAUCCACGCAUCCAGUGGACCAAAGGCCAAGCAACCAAUUAAUUAUAUCCAUUUCUAAUUGCAUGAACAAUUACAGUCUUGAAAAUAAGGCGCAUAGGGGGGGGGGUGAACUGUGGAAAUAAUGAUUGGAAAUGAAAGCAGCGCUCGUUCCAAAUUCAACGUCACAGAAACCAAUGUGUGUCUAAAUAUAUGCUUUGGAAAAAACUGCAUUUCUCGGCAUGACACAGAAGAUUUUUGUGUCAAGUUCGAUCAAACUAAAAACCUAGGUAUUGAUUGAGGAGGUGAAAGAAAGAAGAAAAGCGUCCAUUUAUUCUGCUCCUAAUCGACGAUUCAAUUAGACAACUUCUGUGAGCGGCACCACGGCACAAUUCAUAAUACGUGGUGUGGUGUGCGCGCCAGUGUCAAAAUGCUAGGGUAAUGGCGGCUAGAAUUAAGUGGCGUUGAUAAGCAUGUGGGGAGAGAUGUGUGUGAGUGGGGGAGGGUGGGGGGCUGAUGUAAUUAGACGAAUGUUCUAAUUGUAGAUAUCACACAAUCUCUUAAUGUGUGCACCUUUUCUUUUGUUGGCUGUGAGAAUGAAUCCUGAGUGUUGUGUGUGUGUGGGGGGGGGGGGGGAGGGAGUCAAUCUAUACCUUUACGACCCAGAUUUCAGAUAAAAGACUUUCUCUUUCAAUGUUGUAAUGUUUCAUGAACUUAAACCACACCCCCACCCCUCCCGAAAUCUCCUGCCUUUAGCUGCACAGGUUCUGUGAGACAUCGUUUAACACACAGGUUCUGUGAGACACCCUGUAACACACAGGUUCUGUGAGACAUCCUGUAACACACAGUCCAUCGUUAGAUUGGUCUCAUCUUCAAGAGACGAUCAAUUCGAUCACGAUACGGCAAUAACUCAUGUGAAUCAUUUUGGCAGUCCGAAGCAAACAUCUCAUUAGAGUUGACACACUUGGGUGUCGUUUCCCACUAAUUCUAUCCAUCGUAAAAUAGACUACUGGAACAUUCAAUCUAUCAAUGACUACUGGAUUGUUAACACUUGAAGACAACAUGAACAUCUCCUCUCAAUAGUUCAUGGAGCUGAUAAAUUAAUCUUUUUUUACGCAUGCGAUAUUAUCUUUAUAGUGUAUCACUAAACGACUAGUUUAUACACUCAUAUACAUUGUAGCUCUAAAAAUGAUAGCUUGACAUGUGACCACCCCUCCCCCACACCAAAGAACCCCCCCACACCUUUUUUUUCUUCUCCAUCCUCCCCCACCCCCCGGCAAAAAAAAGCAGACCUAACUCAUACAGAAGUUCAUUCAGUGCACAAUGCCCUUAAGAUGCUUAAUAUCUGGAAAGGUCUAACAAUUACCUACCUAUUUGUUACAACGUCAACCUAAUUUGGACACAUGCUAAUUAAACAUUAAGCCCCAAGGAUGCUGCUAUUAUUAUGGUUUAUAUUCAAAUGUUUAUCUAACAAAACAAUAAUGAUGUUGUGCUAACUGAAGUUGUAAGCUCUGUGAAGACUAGACCUAUGACAUUUGCCUUUUAAAUUUGAAAAAAAAAUACAAACCAAACAUACUGAUUGGACACACCUCAAGGCAGCCAUUGUUCCACGUCAUAGAUACUAAAAAUAAACAUCCCCACCACUUUCGGUUUCUCUGUUCUUCUUCCGUUGCCUUCUGGUUGUUUAUUGAGUGUCUGAACCAAUGGCUGGUAUAUGGUAUUGUUUACAGCAUUCAUGUUUUAUUAUAUUGCUUACUGCAGUAAUGUUGAUCUGCUAAUUCUGUCCUUUCGGACUUGCCCCCUCCCCCCCCCCCCACUUUCAACCAAUUACAUAUUUUAUUAGUGGCUGUGUUAAUUGCCAUCCGUGCUGUCUCCCUCGGGCUGUUUACUUGUCGACUGAAUGCUGUUCACUUGUCGACUGAAUGCUGUUUACUUGUCGACCGAAUGCCGUUUCGAGUCAGUUCUUCAAUAACUUUGACUUGAACACUACCGCACACAACUAGGGGAGCAAUCAUUGUUGUCGCUGUUGUUUAGUCACGGCAACUAAAACAUAUCACAAUUAUGUUGCUCAUUUGCAUAGAUUUAAGUAGAGCCAGUUCAAGCCACUGCCCCACAUAUCACACCCAUCAACCACUCGGGAGAUUCUUUAAUGUAUGGUGAUUGGAGCUGAACAUUAUUGGAUCAGCAUACACAACAUAACAUACACUUUUGAUUAUACAACUAUUUUGGUGAAAAAAUAUGUCAAAAACACUUCAUAUGUGCUUGUGAUUGGCUUUUAUGGCUGCUAUUGUUAGUGCCAUCCACAACUGGUAGAGUUAUAUAGCUCCUACGUGUAUCCCUUUUCCUUCUCUUUAGUGGCCUAACUUUUUUUUUAAAAAACGUUUAUAUUUGUAUUUGAUUUUUUAAAUGUCACCAACUUUUCCAUCUCGUAGCUUCUCCCAUUCCUCCACUAAGGGCAGACAAUGCAUUGACGUACAAGUUGAAAAGAAAUGAUUCAGAUUGAAACAUCCACCACAAGAAACUCACAAAUUCCGCCCCGACUGACACAAAACCCCAACUGACAUUAUUGAAAUGUCACCCGCUGUGUGGGCCCCCACCAUCCUUCACCGCUUUGGCCUUUUCCCUAUCUCCUACCCCGGCAACCGUAGCGGCGGCCCUGUCACGGCUCCAGCUACGUCACGAGGGCCUUAAAGUUAAAACUCGAGCUGUUAUCACUAGGCUUGUGUCGUCUGCUCCUUAUCAACAUAGCUCACAUGCCUUUGUGGUCAACAAACUGCUGACAAAUCCCAGGAUGGUUAUCAACCCCCACCCCCCACUCCGGCCUUUCCACCAAAUAGGCUUUGAUUACAGAUGACCACAGAUAUGCAAUUAAUUAUUGACGUGAGGGGGGGGGGCUACGAAUAUAUCGGGCGGGGAGUGGGGGGUGGGAUGAGGUUCAAUGAAUAAAAUAGUUAAUAAUAAAAAAUAAAUAGUUUGACACGUUAAAAUACAUUAACUUCCGGUAUGACGUAAAAUUGCUGUUAUCAUAUUGGGGGGAUCCCCUUGAGUUUAUAACUGAGUAACCAAACAAUCUCGUCACUGUCUUUAGAAGACUAGCAAAGACAGCCGUGUUUCACUAUGCAAGGGGGACGGGGGGGGGGGUCUAUUCAUUUAUUAUUUGUACCAAAUGUGCAUAUCUACCAUUUACGGUUUAAAUUUGGUGUUGGUUUAUUCUUUUUUAAAUUUAUUCUACCACGCAACAUUAUCCAUAGUAUUUCUUAUUUAUCCCCCAAUAGUCUUCCAUCCACUACUGCCCCAUGAGCCCAUGACUUCUUCUGUCUGCUUUUACCAAGGAAGCGUCGUGGGUAGCAAUGUUCCCUCUAAGGUUUGCUGUUUCGUGUGCAAAAUCAUACAGUUGUGUGCAAAGUUUUACAGCAACCAUUUUUGUAUGUGCAAAAUUUUACGGCCUACAAACACAAACGCACUUUUACGUGGAAAUUUGCUGCGCGGAUACUAAAAACUGCUGGGCGGCGUCUGUGAGAUAGUUGCGCGGCCGGGCAGCCGCGCAGCUUAAAGGGAACAUUGGUGGGUAGGUAUAGCUAACGUCACGGGUAGGUAUAACUGACGUCACGGGUAGAUGUAGUUAACGUCGCGUUAUACACUGAUUGCCGCAAGGUGUGAGGCGCACUGAGGCUCCAUAUUCUGGAUUUUUAGGGUGUCCUGAACACAGACUAUCCACCGACGGCGUGGUCUUCCUCUGGUCCUAAUACCAGAAUGUCUGCUAUUGUAAACUUCCAAUUUAGGUUGGUUGACAGUGGGAUAAAAUAAUUAUUUGGUCGUACGACCAUAGUCAGGCUGAUGGGGAUGAGAUAAAGCAUUUCUUUUAGCCUUCUAGUUCCGAAUGUUCCAUGAUGUGGUCCUUCUUGUUUUACCAGCCGAAUAUAGUCCUUCGUGUUUUUAGCAGUCGAAUGUGGUCCAAUGUUUGACCAGCCGAAUGUGGUCCUUCUUGUUUUACCAGCCGAAUGUGGUCCUUUCUUGUUUGACCAGCCGAAUGGGGUCCUUUCUUGGUUUACCAGCCGAAUGUGGUCCUUCUUGGUUUACUAGCCGAAUGUGGUCCUUUCUUGUUUGACCAGCCGAAUGGGGUCCUUUUUUAGUUUGACCAGCUCCUCGCCAUAAACAUCUCGCAGGUAUAUCAUUCACUACCGAGACUUUUAUUCAGAGCUCAGGUAUGACCCUGGUGAGUAAAGGUUGGACUAGAGACAGCGUUAAUUUGCCUGGCUUUGGCCUUCCUCUACGUUGGUGGGUGCCUUGGUAGCAGGGACGAUGUGAUAGGUGAAAGUGUUUGGCCAACCGCACUCUUGUCUCUGUCUCUGUAUCCGCUUUCCGUCCUCUGGGCAAAUAUCUGCAUACAACAGGACACAAAAGAACCGCCUCAUUUGUUUCCGGGUGUAUGUCCCUAAAAAGUUGACGCUCCUGGUUCUUCCAAAUGUCUGUCAACCUUGUUUGGGGUUACGUGUAUUGGUGAGGUCCCGGUGCUUCAUUCAGCAGACAGACUAAAGACAGGGCCGACAUACCAAGUUUUGGGUUGCAGCAUUUAACGAAAUAAUGAUGUCGAAUGCAACACAAUAAUCGUACGUCAUUGAAAGAUUUAUGGGUCUGUAUCACUUGGUUUUGGUCAUAUUAAACCUUAGGUAUACUUGCCUUAAACCAGGCCUGCAUACGGCCCGCCAGCACCCACUUUGCGGCCCGCGAAGUAAUGAAAUAUUCUUUUUUAUUAUUUUAGUGAUCCGCCCCCACCCCCCACCCCGGGUCCUAUUUUCUUUCGGCCCGCACACGUUUUUCAUAAAGUAUUACGGCCCGCCUUAGAUUUUGAGUUGUGCAGGCCUGGUUGAAACAGCUAAUGUAUGUAGCCGUGUGCCGAGUGGACGAUUGGUUGCUGGCACAUAUAAUGUCUCUAUCUCCAACACCAUAUAAUAUUACAGAGUUGAUCUUUGGUAUUAAUUUUUGAAAACAAAUUUAAAUAUAAGGAAAAUAUACAGACCAUCGUGCAUUGCGUGGUUAGACUGGUUGCGACAUAACAGACCAUCGUGCAUUGCGUGGUUAGACUGGUUGCGACAUAAGAAUGGAAAUAGAGGUAAGAGGCGUGCAAAAGUGUCCCUCCGUCUACGUGAAUAAGGAAAAUAUACAGACCAUCGUGCAUUGCGUGGUUAGACUGGUUGCGACAUAACAGACCAUCGUGCAUUGCGUGGUUAGACUGGUUGCGACAUAAGAAUGGAAAUAGAGUUAAGAGGCGUGCAAAAGUGUCCCUCCGUCUACGUGUGGGGGGGGGGGUACCUGCAACCCAGGUGAAGUCUUUACUAAAGUUUGUCGGGGGCUGCGAUUUUUAAAUUUUUUUGUUAUCUUGCCCCAUGCUUGAAAAAAUGAAACACUGUAGUCCGCCUUCUUCUGAGGGUGUGCUCAUGGAUAUGUAGCUGACCGUAUCUUUUGAACAAAUACAUUUUAAGUGCAAAAUAAUUCGAGAAAAAAAGGGGGGGAGGGGUAGUGUGAGCAUUUUAAUGUGGAUAACAAUAUCUAAAAAAAAUAACUAUUUUGCACACGUGAAAAUUUAUCUUUAAAGAUAGAGCCUUUUUUUUCAUUACUGCAAAAUACAGUUCAAAAGCGUGAAUAAGUUAAGAUUUCCUUUUUUUUUUUUUAAACAUUUUUUUCCCACUUAGUUGAUUAAUCUCAUCCAAACAGAAAAGUGCGGAUACAUUUUUAGGGCCAAUGUUUCAAAUAAUUUUUUUAAAAUUAAUGAUUUAACUUUGACAGAGUUGAUGCAGGGUAGAUCUAUUUUCACCUGAUCUCAACUAACUGACUACAAGAAAUAUACGGAUAGCUCAGGUGAUAAGGUUAAAAAGAAGGAUGUGGCUAUUCGGACCCGUUGAGAGUUUGGGUUUAUUAAAAAAUAUUUAAAAAUUAUUGUAGGGUUUGUAAGACAAAAUUUGGUAUCAAAUGAAAGAUAAUUGAAUGGACCAUGUGUUUGUAAACUUACUUCUUCAGUGGAACUAAAAUAAACUACCACACAUGACAUCUGAAUAGCAUUUAGUCAAAAUAGCACUGGAAACGCAUCGCCGCUUUUCGGACCCGGGUCCCAUUAGACUCAAUGAUAUUCCAUUAUGAUGAUAUUCUAUUGUGCUGAUAUUCCAUUGUAAUGAUAUUCCGCUGUGAUGAAAUUUCGUUGUGAUGACAUUCCACUGUGAUGACAUUCCAUUGUGAUUACUUUGAUGUAUUGAUGUAAACAAAUUUUUUUUGAAGAAUUGACUAGCCCCAAUAUAAUUUAUUUUUAUUAUAUUUAAUUACACCUGCGUCCAUCAUUAGUACUACUACAUGUAAAGACCCGAUGAACACACCUGUGUCAGUCAGUAGUACUACUACAUGUAAAGACCCGAUGUACACAUCUGCCCUGUGUGUACAUAGCUUGAUGGGAUUUGGGGCGUCCAUUUCACCGUUGAAUUAUCGCCCAUACGGCAUCACCUUUCAUGGGCACAUACAACAACAACAUAGAACAAAUAACGACGAUAACAUAAAACAAAUAACAUUCAACAAUAAAAUACAAUUAUAACGUACACUAAUGGCAUACAAACAAUACGUCAUAAAACAUCAUCAUUUAUGUGCACAAACAACAAUAACAUACAAUGACAAAUAAUUUGUAAUGCAAUAACAAUACCACACAACAAUAACAUACGCCGGUAGCAUAUGACGACGUUUGGGAACAGAUAUGCCGACAGGUUGAGACGCGCCGUCAGCAGACACGUGACGCGUUGGUCAUCAUAUAAUCUCUAGACCAGAUAACGGCAUGUCUUGUGAUGGCGGUCAUCAAUAAUUUUCCUGAUGUCCGGUUACUGUGUUUAGACUUGCCCAUCACAUUGCCCAUGUCCAGUGGGGGUGGUUAUCACUGAUAGUUUCAUUGCCCCAUGGCACAGCUGUGUUCUGUUUUGAUGGGUGUUGCCACUGAUGAUCCACUGGACAACAGCUCCAAUUAGACAUCUUGGUCAUAUCUAUUUCACAACAUUGCCUAAUUUCUGCCUAGAAUAGGCAACGAUUUUGUGAUUAGGUAAGCGUCACCCUGUGAUGGGUGUUGAUGGGCAUAUUGUAUGUGCUGACGUCAUUUUUUAAUUCUACUAGUUUCAAGUUUGAUAAGACCCUCGUCUAUACAAAGAAUAUGGCCUAAUGUAUGUGUGUGAGGGAUGCUUAAUGGGGAUAUCAGAUUGCUAUAUUGUAAACAAUGGCGUCAUUAGCAAUUAUUUCUAAAAACAGAGAUCAAGAGUACAUUGUGCUGUACAAUGUAUGAGUUAAAAUGACUGUACUCUCUAGCACAUGUAACACGUGACAGCACAUCUAUUUCAUCGGGCCUGUUUUGUUGAGCACCCCUCUGGAAUCUAUAUAUCAUCUGUCGGGUAUGUCACCACGGCAGUUGUGUGUGUGAGGUGUCCAGCUGAGUGGAUUCAACAUGAUCCAACGUUCUGUACAAUCACAUAGGGAACUUGUGCAGCACACAUUCGGGUCUGACGUGGUAGCAGCUAGAGACGAGGUCAAGUAGGCAUCUUCCCCGUGCACACGUAUUUGUGGCCAUCAAUGCGUAAGUUACACGCACGGACUUAUCGCUGUGGUCCACCAUUGGUUCACCUACCAUUCACAAUCUAGAGACAUUCGCAGACGAGGCUUUGCUCCUUCUCAAACAAGUCGAUCAACCGUCCCAUCAACAUGAAGCCGAUUCUUAGGUUUCAAUAUAAUGACCAAAUAAGGCAACACCAGAACGGACAUUUGUACAAUAAAUGUUGUGCCUUGAGCAGUAAGCUAGUCUCUACCCUAGUCACCAUCGCAUGUUGUGCCUUGAGCAGUAAGCUAGUCUCUACCCUAGUCACCAUCGCAUGUUGUGCCUUGAGCAGUAAGCUAGUCUCUACCCUAGUCACCAUCGCAUGUUGUGCCUUGAGCAGUAAGCUAGUCUCUACCCUAGUCACCAUCGCAUCUUGUGCCUUGAACAGUAAGCUAGUCUCUAUCCUAGUCACCAUCGCAUGUUGUGCCUUGAGCAGUAAGCUAGUCUCUACCCUAGUCACCAUCGCAUCUUGUGCCUUGAGCAGUAAGCUAGUCUCUACCCUAGUCACCAUCGCAUCUUGUGCCUUGAGCAGUAAGCUAGUCUCUACCCUAGUCACCAUCGCAUGUUGUGCCUUGAGCAGUAAGCUAGUCUCUACCCUAGUCACCAUCGCAUGUUCUGCCUUGAGCAGUAAGCUAGUCUCUACCCUAGUCACCCAUCGCAUGUUGUGCCGCAAGAGUUUCAUAGGUGUUUAGCAAAUUUUGCCGUAAAAUUCAUUGCAAAGAAAUGAUUUAAAUUUAAAAAAAAGAAGAAUCCAUUAUAUCAUCUACAAAUAAAAAUAAUUUGCUUGGACAUUGCUCUUGGACAUUGCCCUUGGAGGAAGCACACGAUAUUGUUCCAAAACAUUUGAAAUUAUGUUGUUUGUAAAUUGUAGAUGUACGGGAUUGUAUGAUUAUCACGUGUCCUUGCAGAUUGUCCUCCAACCGUGCACAGCAAUACAUACGAUAUAGAUCUCAACACUUUCCCGGCAUCGAUACCAACACCAUUAAAACGACUACAACUGCCCACACACCAUCAUUAAGUAAAUGCAUUGUACUUACCCUUACACAUUGUUAUGUUCAUGAAGAAGCACAAACGCUAAGUUAGCGCACCUGCACAUUUACUUUAAAGUACGAGCGCAGUUGAACAAGUGAACGAACAAAUCCCGGGGGCACCCUAUAAGAAAUGUCAUUGUCAAAAUGGGGGCGGUAUUUUGUCCACACUUGUCAUUAUUUUUUUAAAAACUAUUUCCUAGCUUGUACUGUGAAGAUUUGGUUAUGUCCGAGACAGUUUUAGCAGCACGAUCUUGGCAUUUAAAGUGGGGACCAAAUGGUGCACUCAAUUCACCUAUCCGUCAAUAUGGUGUUUAUUUAUUUAAUUUGUAACAUUAUUUUUGUGACUUGAAUUCGGUUCUAAAUGUUGAUAAUUAUCGCCCGCCAUUUAUUGUAUAGCAUUAGUGUUUAAUGAAUGCAUUCAACAACUUUCAACUUGGUAUUUGUUUAUAUUACAAAAAAAAAACACACACAUAAUUUACAACUUAUUUAUUAAUGUGCAUCAUUUGCACCCAUCAUAUUGAUAGAUAUGACGAGUUUAUUGUAUUGAUACACCAUGAAUAACACCACAUCCAUGGUGUGCACUAAGACUGCCCCCCCUCCCCGCUUCCCACCACCCACUCCUCCAUCUCCCUACCCUAAUGAACGGUGUUAUUUCUUGUUCCAGCUGUGACCUGCCCGCCACCACGGUGUCCACUCCUACCCCGUCUCUGUACCCAGGCUGUGUGGACGUGGCUGGGGGACACACAGACAGACUGACCAACAUGCUCACGUCCAAGCCGCCCCACUACGACCCUGUGGGCACAGGUGAGGAUUGGCCCGGUACAGUCCUUUUCUAGUGAUUUUUUAGUUAAUGCUAGUUAGAAGUGUAACGUUCUUUCUCAUGUAGACUCAUCCCAUUGUUUUUGUAUCUAUAAACGUAUAAAUACACAUUCAGUUAUCGUUAAAAAAUUGUAGUUAUUUUAAUUAUGGUCAUUAAUCAAGGGCUUACACCGGUAUUGACUUAAGAGGACUGUGAUUAGUACGACGACUCAUUAGAUCAAAUAAUAAAUUAAUUUAUGUGGCUUUCUAAUUGUGUGUUUAAAAAAGAAAACAUAAUUUUAAGCUAUUUAUAUUUACUUUAUAAAUUACGAUCUUCUAGACCCCAUAGUUGCAAACUUAAUUGAAUUUUAAUUUUAAAAAAUGGAAAUUCAGAUAGGAAGAAAAUAAGAUCAGAAAAGUAAUCGCUCAUCACAUUUAUGUCAGCAAGAUUUUGUAUAACUUGACAUGCUAUCAUACAUUAGUACCCACUAUAACAUGUAAUGCCGAGCCAUGGGGGAUGGGGCUGAGAACUAGACAAAACAUACAAUCAAGUAACGCACUUUAGAAGAAGUGCCCCAUCUCGCCCCCCCCCCCAAGUCUCCCAACCCCACAAUGUUUCCACGCCCCUGAGCUAUAUUAAUAUUCUAAUGAUCCACCCCCUUUUACACCGCAGUUUUUGUUCACCAACUAUUUCAGCAAAAAGAAAAGAAAAGAUUACGCACCAAACGCACUUACGAUAUUUAAAAAAAAAAAAAAAAUUAAAAAUUUAAGAAUAGAGACCUGCUUCAAUAUAAUUCAAUUUUAGUAUAUUUAAAUUACACCUGCGUCCAUCAUUGGUAUCUCUGAAUUUUUUAGAAUCUCAUUUAGUGCAGUUAUCGGGAAUUUCAUUUCGUGAAAUCAGUGACAUCAUAGUUCCUUCAUCUUCUCUUAGAAAAGGGGUGAUUUUCGGGGAUUGUGUGGCAAAUUAGAUAGAAUGAUUUGUCUUUGGCACCGAGUCUAUGUGCCAAAGUUUCAGCUCGAUGGGUUGACUGGAAGUAGGUACAUUAGCCGUCCGAAGAUUUUGCCAGUCCGAGGACCACGAACAAAAGCGAAGUUAAUAUAAAGGAUUUACAACGCCAGAAAAGUCAACCUUGUCAGGCGGAAAGAGACGAUUGAAAACACACAAACAGUUGGCUAGAAUCGCAGUUGUGUAGGGCGAAGGACGUGACUUUAAAACCUUUUGUAACGGACCAGAUGCGUUCAGAUUAAAAGGGCUAUCAUCAAACUGAAUUAUAAAAAGUUGAGCUCAAUGGCAAUAUAUGAAAAUAUAAACAAUUAUUUGUGUUAGACACCAGCACACAUAUCUCAAGCAUGACGACAUAGACAGUAGCACACAUAUCUGAAGCAUGACGACAUAGACAGUAGCACACAUAUCUGAAGCAUGACGACAUAGACACCAGCACACAUAUCUGAAGCAUGACGACAUUGACACCAGCACACAUAUCUGAAGCAUGACGACAUAGACACCAGCACACAUAUUUGAAGCAUGACGACAUAGACACCAGCACACAUAUCUGAAGCAUGACAACAUAGACACCAGCACACAUAUCUGAAGCAUGACGACAUAGACACCAGCACACAUAUCUGAAGCAUGACGACAUAGACACCAGCACACAUAUCUGAAGCAUGACGACAUAGACACCAGCACACAUAUACAUAGACACCAGCACACAUAUCUGAAGCAUGACGACAUAGACACCAGCACACAUAUCUGAAGCAUGACGACAUAGACACCAGCACACAUAUCUGAAGCAUGACGACAUAGACACCAGCACACAUAUUUGAAGCAUGACAACAUAGACACCAGCACACGUGUCUGAAGCUAUCACAUAAUAUCAUUUCUGCCAUAUAACAAUUGUGUACUCUUUGUUGUUGCAGGUAUCGGUGCAGGAGGGUAUCCCACAAGUAUGAACGCGAUGGGUCCAUCCAUGUCUCCCAUGCCAUCAGCAAUGUCCGCUAUUCCGGGAGGGAUGAGCUACUCCCCACAGACCAUGAGUGGCAUGGCCAUGGGGGGAAUGGGCUCCAUGGGAGGAAUGCCCAUGGGAGGCAUCAGUUCAAUGGGAGGAAUGGGAGGCUACGGCUCCAUGUCCAUGAACACCAUGGGAGGAAUGAACGGAAUGACCGCCAUGUCGGGGAUGUCGUCCAUGAACGGAAUGAACCGAUCCCUUGACCCCAAUCUCAUGUCCAUGGACAGAAAUGGGGCGCUCAAUAGGCCUCGGUCGGACAACAAAAACUACAGGAGGGCGUACACACACGCCAAGCCCCCUUACUCGUACAUAUCCCUCAUCACCAUGGCCAUUCAGCAGUCCCAGAAUAAAAUGUGUACGCUGAGUGAAAUCUAUCAGUUCAUCAUGGAUCUAUUCCCUUUCUACAGACAGAACCAACAGCGUUGGCAGAACUCGAUAAGACACAGUCUUUCUUUCAAUGACUGCUUCGUCAAGGUACCCCGCACUCCGGAUAGGCCAGGGAAGGGAAGCUACUGGGCCCUACACCCAGAUUCCGGAAAUAUGUUCGAGAACGGAUGUUAUUUAAGGCGCCAGAAGAGAUUCAAAUGUCCCAAGAAGGAGAUGAUCCGCCAGACCUCGAACUCAGACCGAGGGCGGGAUGACUCGGGCAUGAACCCUGACGACAGUAUGCCUUCCGGUGACGACCAGAGCCCGAUGAGCUCACCGAUUCCAGGGGGGCACCCCCACCACGGGCAGUCGCACGCCGCACCCCUAACGCCGCCCCGACCUCAGGAUCAUCACCAGCAAAACCACCACCAGCAGCACCCUCAGUCCCAGCAGCACCAAACCUCGGCGCCCAUCCAGCCUAAAUCCGAGGUGAUGAACAAUUCCUCGCCGCACCCCCAGGAGAUGUCCCACCCCCCGCCUGCACAGAGCCUCCCGCCCCAGGGGUCGUGUCACACGCCCCUCUCCUCGCAAACCUCCAUUCCAUCGUACCACCACGCGUCCCCGGCCGCAGAUCUCACGAACGUCCGAUCUCUCAACUUCCAGGACUACGGGCAGCUCACGUCGCAGUCCCUGGGGCUCCACUACUCCGCCGGCCACUACGGGCACCACCCCCACUACCACCACCACCAGGCCGGGUUGCACCAGGUCAACCCCAACCACUCCUUCAACCACCCGUUCUCCAUCAACAACCUCAUGUCGGAGAACAAACUGGACAUGAAAUCCAUGUGUGAGAUGGGCUACGGGGCCUACACCCAGAUGUCGCCCCUGACCAUGUCCAAGGACUCUUCCCCGCCCGUGAUGGGCAACCACCACGACGCCGGCGGUUACUACAAGGCGUACCAGUCCACCGUGGACUUAUGACAUCCGGCCACCACGAGGAGCAGCAGCCCUCCCAAAUACGACGCUUACAACGCACGGUCGUACCAGAGCAACUUCUACAACAACCAAAACUCGUCCUACGCCGUUCCCGCCGUACGCGACACGUAGCGAACUACUCCGGGUCGUAGAGGACUGCUCCACCUCGUGGUGUUACCGAAAUGUCGGACAACUCUGUUGAUAAAACAAAACCUAACUCGGGGGUCUUUUGGCUUUGUUUUUUAUUCAUACAAGAAAACACUUCUCAUAUCAGUUCAAUAACAAACCCAAACGCUCGACUCAGACUCCAGUGAUGACGAAAGUCCGUUUGAAGAAAGAGACAUUCUGUACAGUUAUUGCGCUUUUUUUUAAAAUAUAUAAAUCUCUACAUUUUUUAUUCGCCUGCAAUGAAACAUGUGAUAUCGUUUCAAUCUCAGUCUACACUAGCGAGCUUUUUGACCAAGAGCAAGCCAACCACGUUUAUCGUGACGGCCAUCGUAUGUACAAACAAUUCAAUCUAAUCCGAGGCGAGAAUUGUUACCCUUCUCGUUCCGAGUACAAAUAGAGCUUUAAACAUCCAAAGAUUUAAAAAAAAAUUUUUUUUACUAUUAAUCUCCAUUAUUGUCUGCCACUCUCCAUUUCAUCUCAUCAUUUCACGAACUGCCAAUUAUUCUAAAUGUUAUUGAAAUGUGUAGGGGGUCAUACGUUCUUCUCGGGAACGCCUUUCUAAAUGUGCUCAGAAUGUCAAGUCUAAACUUUCAACAAGAACAAAAGAUACAAGGGGAAGCGAUCAAGAAUCUCCUUAUAAGGGGAAACAAUCAAGAAUCUCCUUUGAAAAGGUUGAAUAAUUUAUUUAUUGGAGUAGGUGACUUUGCUGACUCCUCACAUUGCAUUCCUUUCUUUUAAUUGUAACACAUCGGGACCAGGCCCUCCAGGUAUUCUUGGUGGACUUGCGAUGAACUUAAUUUGGUUGUCCCGCUUGUUACGAUGACCAGCACUUGAGGUUGGACAAAUAUGCGGUAAUAAGUCUAGAUGCGCUAAUAAGUCUAGAUGCGUUAAUAAGUCUAGAACAUAACUUCCCAGUGCUGUGCCAAGUUGGACACGACCGUGGGUCUCACUUAUUAAUGACCUAUUUCAUUGUUGAUGUUUGUUUGAAUGUUUUCUAUUUCCAUCAAGAAAGUCUAUCAUUGGAUGACAGCCCUGCACAAUAGCGAUACCAAAUAACUCAUUGUACUGACGUUUGUUUAGGCAAUCCAUUUUCAUUUCAUUAUACCACGAGGCUAGGAAAUGGUAUCGAAAGAGACAAGAAAGGAAAAUAAGAUCUAAAUAUAUUUUUUUAAAAUUUAAAAUAUCAAUGUUGAUCAACCAGCGGCGUAGGAAGGGAGAGGAGGAGGGGUGGUCCACCCAAGGUGGCAAUUGUUUCUUUAAAU